UCGCUCAGGUUGGUCUUACCGCUAAGUUAAGAAGGCAGUGGUUUCUCUUAUCCCGCCGCCGGUCAGGGAACAUGUGUAUGUGAGAAGAGGACAGCCGAAGUAUGGUACUGGUUGUCCACUGGCAAUGAGGCCUCCCUUGUCACCAAUCUUCGCUGGCAGCCGAGUUCCAGGACCACCGUUGUUUCUGAUUGGGUACAACUGGCCUCAACCACGGCUGGCUUAAACACCGGAAACUUCUUCUUUCUAAUGGUGAAAUAUCCUGUGCUUUAUCAACACUACCAUAGUCUUGUGAUGUUUAAUAAGCAUUAAGGGGGACAGAAAGGGCUUACAGAGCUGUGUAUAACAGACAGUACCUAUGUGUGGGUAGCCGACCCCUGUCAGACGUAGCGCGGGGUGUGAAAAGAGCUCAGUAACCCAUACCCAGCGGGAAGGGAUUGUUCACGGGAUGUGCUAAUGUUCUCCUCCAUCAGGCCCUCCUCUACUCCCCUUACCUGGCUUUGUCAUACCGUAAUUUGUGUCUCGUUUUUUCUAUUGGAGUUAACCGGCCCACAUCGGGAGAAGUAAACAGGCAGUUCUAGGGCUGUAUUCAAGUCUACAUCGUAGCGUCAGGCCGUCCAGGAAUACUUUGCGGUUAUUAUAUCAAAGGAGAAGCUUAAUUAAUUCCAGGCUUUUAACACCGCCGUAGUUCAUUAUAUAUACAUACAUAUAUGUCAGUUUCUCCGCAAUCUUGGGUGUUCUAACCAACAUGGCGAACGUGGGCCAGGGCAGAAAUUGUACUAGCGGAGGCCCAUCCUGUCAGAAGACUGUGAUGUGGUUAGUACUGUGUUUAUGGCUGCUCUCUCUCUGCAAUGUGUCAGAUGGUCAGUACCUGGGCAUGUUUGAAGCCCAGAGGGCCCCACCUGACCCAUGUUAUGACGAGAGCGCUGACCCCCGGACAUGCGUUCCGGACUUCGUGAACGCGGCUUUUGGCAAAGCCGUUACGGCAUCCAGCACGUGUGGUUCUCCGCCAAAUGGCUACUGUAAGUCCACCACGGACAAAGAUGGUAAAGUUAUCCGUAACUGUUAUAUAUGUGAUGCGAAUCACCCGAAGCGACGACACCCCUCGUCCUACCUCACCGAUCUGAACAAUCCAAAUAACUUAACCUGUUGGAUGUCCGAGCCAUUCGUCCAGUACCCUCAAAAUGUUACCCUCACCCUGAGUCUAGGCAAGAAAUACGAGCUGACGUAUAUCAGUUUACAAUUCUGUUCGGCCAGACCAGAUUCCAUGGCAAUUUUUAAAAGCGUGGACUACGGUAAAUCCUGGGUGCCGUUUCAGUAUUAUUCCAGCGAAUGUAAGAAAAUGUACAGUAAGAACCCCCGGGCUGUGGUGACCAAAGUUAACGAACAGGAAGCUCUAUGUACGGACGCUUACAGUAACAUUGACCCUCUUAGCGGGGCCAGGGUGGCCUUCAGCACCCUCGAGGGACGGCCAUCGGCCUACGACUUUGAGAAUAGUCCGGUCCUUCAGGACUGGGUAACGGCCACUGACAUCAUGAUUGUUUUCAACAAACUAAACACAUACGGGGAUGAAGAGGUGGAUGACGAAGGGGCCCGGGAAAGUUACUACUACUCCCUGUCCGACUUCGCUGUCGGUGGCAGAUGUAAGUGCAAUGGUCACGCGUCAAAGUGCAGCACAGAGAGGGACGGCAAAGAGAUUUGUGACUGUAAGCACAACACUGCCGGUGUGGACUGUGAACGCUGCAAACCGUUUCACUACGACAGGCCCUGGGCUCGAGCCACACAGCGACAGGCAAACCAGUGCGUCGCCUGCAACUGCAAUCUGCACGCCCGGCAGUGUCGCUUCAACAUGGAAUUAUACUCGCUGUCAGGUUUUAAGAGCGGUGGGGUUUGUCUCAAGUGUCGGCACAACACUGCCGGCAAAAACUGUCACUACUGCAAGGAAGGCUUUUACAGGGAUUCCAGCAAACCGAUCAACCAUAGGAAGGCAUGUAAAGGCUGUGACUGUCAUCCCGUGGGGGCGCUCGGCAAGACGUGCAACCAGACGACAGGUCAAUGUCCAUGUAAAGAUGGCGUCACGGGACUUACCUGUAACAGGUGUGCGAAGGGUUACCAGCAGAGCAAGUCCGCCAUCGCUCCAUGUAUAAAACUGCCUCAGGUGUCCACACCGAAGCCAAGUCGCAGACCAUCAGGUGAUUGCGACAAAUGCAAAUCAAAAUCCAGAAAAAUCAAAUUUAAGAAGUAUUGCAAGAGAGAUUUUGCCAUACAAGCCCAAGUUCUCUCCCGAGAAAAUGUAGACGAUUGGGUAAAAUUCACCAUUAACGUCCUGAGCAUGUACAAAAGGGGUCAACAAAGAGUGAGAAGAGGAGAGACCUAUUUGUGGGUGCCGCAAAAAGAUUUGGCUUGCAAGUGUCCGAAAAUUCGCCUGAGUCGACGGUAUCUGAUCGUAGGGAAAUACUACCGGAAUGAUCACAGAACGGGAUUUAUCGUGGACCGUAAGAGCAUAGUGAUCCGAUGGCGGGACCAGUGGCAAAGACGCCUCCGGAAGUUUGGCAAGAGGGAACGUAGAGGUCGCUGUCGAUAGGCUACAACACCAGAAGCAGAAUCUUUGUGUCCCUGACAUCCCAGAAUGAAAAAUUGCGAGAUAGAGGCCAAGUCACGUGGUCUUUGGGUUGUUUAAGUGCUUUCUUGCUGACAAAAUACCUCAAUGUGACGGAAGACCAAGAUAUAUCUAUAUAUGUUGUACUAUUUAUAAUGUGGACGAUCCUAGAGAUCGAGGACAUAGAUUUGAAGAUCGACGCGUUCUGCACACGAUAACGGAUAAACAACUGCGUGUGACUAAACGCGGACUUGGCCGAGAGCCAUUGCCAGGAAACUUGUUACAAAACAGUCCUGUUAAAAUAAUACUCAAUGUAGGUUCACUAGAUUAGACUUAGUGGCGAGAGGAAUGGGCGCCUCCUGGCAAAAGCCGACGCGGUGUCAGCUCCCUUGCCGCUAUACUUGUCCAUCGUCAGCCUGUGAUCAGGUUCAGUGUAGAUAACGGUACAGAUUGACUAUUUCACAUCAGAACUAAUUCUAGGCCGAAUUUCAGCGUCUUAUCGACGUUAAUAAGAGGCCACAUUGUGGAGGAACGCCCGUCAGCGCCAGUGUGGGAGUUGACUGGGUGCAUAUGCUAUAAGGCCUAAACGUCUAUAGGUGCACACAUUUAACAACUGUCAACCGAAAUAGUGGUGUACAAACUUAGGCAACGCUUUCUGUACACGGCUGUACAGCCGCCAGGAACGUGUAGGGUGUGAUACAUACCACGCAGCUGUACAUCUCAUGUUAUGUCAAUUUCAGUGUAGACAUGUGCUGGGAUAUGCGAUGAUAUAUGAUUUAACCGGAAUGAACAGGCAUCUGAAUGAACUUGGUGGGCGAAGGGGAGAUUUUAUAAGUAACUGUGAGCGAAUCUGAAACCCCUGACUACGUGUACCCCGUUAUAACUAGGAGAUAGGAAAAGAUUAGUUGUGGCCCUGUCGUAAAAAAGGUCUUGUCGCUAUUCAUUAAUUAUUCUCCCAGUGAGAGUAGUUUGUUUUCAGAAGUGAAGCAUUCUCUUAUUCUAACCUCUUUACGGUUGUUGUAUAGAAUUUACGAAGGAGAAAGGUGUGCAACAUUCUUAUGCCUGUUGCAGAUGUAUAUUAUGCACGGUGAACUGGUAGCCGUCAGUGAUGUGUUCACACAAAACACGCGCAAGUCAAAUGUGUCUACACAAAACACGCGCAAGUCAAAUGUGUCUACACAAGACAUGCGCAAGUCAAAUGUGUCUACACCAGACAUGCGCAAGUCAAAUGUGUCUACACAGGACACGCGAGGGUCAAGUGUGUUCACACAAGACACGCGCCGGUCAAAUUUGUUCACGAAAAACACGCACAUACCCAAAGUGUUCACACAAGACACGCGAAAACUAAAUAUGUGACCAAAUUCAAAUGCCACAUUACAAAAUGGCAACGCAAGGAUGGCACAUCUUUUGAUUAUAAACAACUUAAGAUUAUAACUUCGUUCUGAACAUUCAUUUCUCUAGCUGAAAUGAAUGUGUACAUGAUUGUGGCUUCAUUUUGAGUGCAACAAUGUCCUCAAGGUGAAGAGAAUGUUUGGACGUUGUUAGAGUAGGCGCCUAUGCCGUCUGUCUGAGUGCAGCAAUGUCCUCUGAGUUAGCAAAAUGUUUGGACGUUGUUAGAGCCGGCCCCUAUGCCAUCUUUCUGAGUGCAGCAAUGUCCUUUGGGUAAGCAAAAUGUUUGGACGUUGUUAGAGCCGGCCCCUAUGCCAUCUUUCUGAGUGCAGCAAUGUCCUCUGGGUAAGCAAAAUGUUUGGACGUUGUUAGAGUAGGCCCCUAUGCCGUCUGUCUGAGUGCAGCCUCUAGCUGAACUAAAUGCUAAGCGAUUGUCACAUAAUAAUUUCGUACUGAUUGUAGAAGUUGUUCACAUUGGCGAUACAUUGGUAUAUAAUUUUUGUACACUGUUUCCUAAAACAGUCGUUGCGCGCCUGUAAUGACGACGUACAGCUUUAUUGUGGCCAGAACUUGUGGCGUUUCUUGUGGCCUGACUUAAGGACACGUGAAGAAAAACACAGCGCGUCAUUGGCUACUGGCUCUAGAGAGCAGCGCGCGAUGUGUACGUUGUAUUGUCACUGGCUGCUGCCUCUAACAGCUGACGUGUAAGCAGCGCGCGUUGUGUACGUUGUAUUGUCACUGGCUGCUGCCUCUAACAGUUGACGUGUAAGCAGCGCGCGUUGUAUACGCUCUAACAGCUGACGUGUAAGCAGCGUGCGUUGUAUACGUUGUAUCGUCACUGGCUACUGGCUCUAACAGCUGACGUGUAAUCAGUGCCGAUUGUUUGAGAGAAAAAAACACGUUGGAAUUAAAACGAGAUUGUCGUUAGAGUUAGGUUGUAACUUGGUAAGUUCGCCUCAAAGCGGUGAGUGUUAUAAAAUGACUUCUAUUAUACAUUUGUCAUGGCGAGAUUUAUGUUAAAGCCUUGAAGUGAGUCAUUCUCGCCUAGUGACUACUGAAAAGCAUCAUCACUGCAUAUUUACACUGCCCAGUCACUAGUGUAUAUGAUGUAUCUGGUGGGAUCUGUCCAGUCUACCAGGCUCCGUCUUAUACUCCAGGAAUGUUGGAUAGUCCGUUAAGUCCGACACGAGCUAUAAAUGGUCCGCCAGAGCUGGGCAUAGACAGUUAUUACUAUUAAGCGUUCAGGAGUUCGAUUAUUAACAUUCACGGAUGUACAUAUUUACAUAAUUAAUUAUAUAUAUAUGAUUAUAUAAAUACAUGUUCAAUAUUAGUUUGUAUAUGACACAAUGAGGAGUUAAUUCGACGGACAGACUCUUAGUCCCGGAAACUGAGCAUUGAUACAGAGCGUAUAGCGGGACAGUUAGUCCCGGAAACUGAGCAUUGAUACAGAGCGUAUAGCGGGACAGUUUAGUCUGUGGCGUAUAUGGAUUUGUGAACAGGUCUUCGUAUUCGAUGUUGUUGUUGUAACCCGUCUGUAAACACUCCAAAAGCUGAAGUUUCCCUAAAUUAAUGUGUAUAUUUAUGUUUUAUCCUCUGCUCCUGGUUAAGCUAUAUGAUCUCUCAACUGACUGUAAGCAAAGACAUAAUCUACCGUUCUAAUAAAAUACAACACU